AUGACUGAUGCAUUGAGCCUACUGAAAUCCCACUUGGACAGUGCGCACCUCGUUGACGGGGAUGGCGAUACCGCUGACUUCACAAAGGCCACUGGACUAUCGCUCGGAGGAGCCAUAACACCAUUGGACACGGUGACGACCUACUUUGUCCAAGGUAAGGGCAUCUCACUUCGGGAGUGCUUCUUCGCAUGGACCAACAGACAGCUCUCGCGUACCGACUUCCUGGAGAAAGCUGAGCAGUGUGGCGUGAACGCCCUGGGAUUCCUACAGAGAUCUGAUCUUUGCUCGUGGUUGCAAGGCGAUAAACCAGAAUUCGAAUUCAGCGAGCGUGGCGAAGAGGAGGUCACGAGCUCCAAGGAGCACGCAGCUGUCGAAGACAGCUCUCUGCUCACUGCAGUCCUAUCGCACGAGCGCCAGCUGCUGGAUCACAAUACCUCGUUGAGAGGCACCAAAGUGGUUGAUUUCACGAACGUGGCCGAGUCGUGCAAGAGGAACUAUCUACAGCCACCAAAGGACAAGCGCAAGCAAGCCACGUCGCUGGCGUCCUCCACUGGACCCCAUGCUAAGCGUCAUAAGCGUCCACAGAACCCAAUCUUCCUCAUCUCGCCCUCUGCGUCUGCCGUGUUGACCAUGAGCAAUAUCAAGUCAUUCUUGGAGAAGGGCCUCUACAUCAACCCACAAACCACUGACCCAGAGCAGCAACAGCUGCUCUCAAGCUCAGACAUAGCCAUGGUCACACACACGUUCCCUAAGAUCGGCAGAGUCACCUUCAUGUGCGUUGAUAACACGGACAAGUUCAGCAAAGAGGAGCACUGGGACAGAACCAUGGCCGUGUUCACCACUGGACAGAAGUGGCAGUUCAAGAACUACAAGUGGUCGGACCCAACAGAGCUCUUCCAAAGAGUAAAAGGCUACUACUUCCACUUCGACAAGGAUCCAAUCCCACAGACCUGCAAUGACUGGAACGUGGAGAAGGUUGGCCUGGACAAGCACAAGAGGUUCAAGGACGCUGUGGUCUUGAACCAUUUCUGGGAUAGCAUCGAGCGCGUGAUGAUAUCGAAGGGAUGGGAGUAG